AUGGCUUUGAAGGAGGCGGGCGGCAGCAUCCUGCCCAUCAGCGACAUGGUGUCGGGGCCGUCGGGCUCGCCGUUCCCCGAGGUGGUGGAGCUGAACGUGGGGGGCCAGGUGUACGUGACGAGGCACUCCACGCUGCUCAGCGUCCCGGACAGCACGCUGGCCACCAUGUUCUCGCCCUGCCGGGGCGGCCCGGCGGCGGCCCGCCAGCUGCCCAGGGACAGCCGGGCGCGCUUCUUCAUCGACCGCGACGGCUUCCUCUUCAGGUACGUGCUGGAUUACCUGCGGGACAAGCAGCUGGCGCUGCCCGAGCACUUCCCCGAGAAGGAGCGGCUCCUGCGGGAGGCCGAGUACUUCCAGCUGGGCGACCUGGUGAAGCUGCUGUCGCCCAAGGUCACCAAGCAGAGCUCGCUCAACGACGAGGGCUGCCAGAGCGACCUGGAGGACAGCAACUCACAGGGCAGCAGCGACCGGCUGCAGCGGGCGGCGCUGGACAAGCGCUCGGGCUUCCUCACCGUGGGCUACCGCGGCUCCUACACCACGGUGCGGGACAACCAGGCGGACGCCAAGUUCCGCCGCGUCGCCCGCAUCAUGGUGUGCGGCAGGAUCGCCCUGGCCAAGGAGGUCUUCGGCGAGACCCUCAACGAGAGCCGCGACCCCGACCGCCCCCCCGAGAAGUAUACCUCCCGCUUCUACCUCAAGUUCACCUACCUGGAGCAAGCCUUCGACCGGCUCUCCGAGGCGGGCUUCCACAUGGUGGCUUGCAACUCCACCGGCACCGCCGCCUUCAUCAACCAGUACAGGGACGACAAGAUCUGGAGCAGCUACACCGAGUACAUCUUCUUCAGGCCACCACAGAGAACUGUUUCCCCCAAACAAGACCAUGAGGACAGGAAGCACGACAAAGUCUUGGACAAGGGUAGUGAAAGUGGGACUUCCUGCAACGAGUUGUCCACCUCAAGUUGUGACAGCCACUCAGAAGCAAGCACUCCUCAAGAAAAUGCUUCUAGCACUCAGCAGUCCACAGCUCACCAGCCAAAUACUCUGACUUUGGAUCGUCCAUCUAAGAAGGCCCCAGUGCAGUGGAUGCCACCGCCAGACAAACGCAGGAACAGUGAACUCUUUCAAACUCUCAUUAGCAAGUCCAGAGAAACAAAUCUUUCCAAAAAGAAGGUAUGUGAGAAGCUGAGUGUUGAGGAAGAAAUGAGAAAAUGCAUCCAAGAUUUUAAAAAAAUCCAUAUUCCAGAUUACUUUCCAGAGCGCAAACGUCCCUGGCAGUCUGAACUCUUACAGAAAUAUGGGUUAUAG